GCAAACGAAAUAUUGAAAUGAAAUUUUUGCUUGUGGUAGCCGCCAUAGCGGUUACUGGUGUAGGAGCCCAGGUCUGUAAUCAGGACCAUGAAUGUAAACACCUUACCAACUGUGCCAUGCAUGAAGUACCUUUCUGUAACGCGGAAGGACAAUGUCGUUGCAAAGAUGGUCACGCUGUAGGUCGACGGGAACCAGGCAACUGUACUGAUGAUGAUAUUUCCGUUUGUCAGUGUCUCCAUGGAGGAACCCCAUUCUGCAAGGACGAUCAUUGCCACUGCAGUCACCAUUCCGUUGGCAACUGUACUGACGAUGACCUCACUGAAUGUUCAUGUGAUCAUGGUGCAUCUGCUUCUUGCAAGCACAACAAAUGUCACUGCGACCAUCAUCCUGUCGGUAAGAGGGAAGCCGUAACUUGCACAGAUGAUGACCUUUCAAACUGCCAGUGCGAACAUGGAGGAACCCCAUCAUGUAAAAAUGAUCACUGCCACUGUGACCAUCACGCCGUAGGAAGACGGGAACCAGGCAACUGUACGGAUGAUGAUAUUUCCGUUUGUCAGUGUCUCCAUGGAGGAACACCAUUCUGCAAAAACGAUCAUUGUCACUGCAGUCACCAUUCCGUUGGCAACUGUACUGACGAUGACCUCACUGAAUGUUCAUGUGAUCAUGGUGCAUCUGCUUCUUGCAAGCACAACAAAUGUCACUGCGACCAUCAUCCUGUCGGUAAGCGGGAACCAGGAACUUGCACAGAUGACGAUUUUUCAAACUGCCAGUGCGAACAUGGAGGAACCCCAUCAUGUAAAAAUGAUCACUGCCACUGUGACCAUCACGCUGUAGGAAGGCGGGAACCAGGCAACUGUACGGAUGAUGAUAUUUCCGUUUGUCAGUGUCUCCAUGGAGGAACACCAUUCUGCAAGAACGAUCAUUGCCACUGCAGUCACCAUUCCGUUGGCAACUGUACUGACGAUGACCUCACUGAAUGUUCAUGUGAUCAUGGUGCAUCUGCGUCUUGCAAGCACGACAAAUGUCACUGCGACCAUCAUCAUGUAGGUAAGCGGGAACCAGGAACCUGCACUGAUGACGAUUUUUCAAACUGCCAGUGCGAACAUGGAGGAACCCCAUCAUGUAAAAAUGAUCACUGCCACUGUGACCAUCACGCCGUAGGAAGACGGGAACCAGGCAACUGCACGGAUGAUGAUAUUUCCGUUUGUCAGUGUCUCCAUGGAGGAACACCAUUCUGCAAAAACGAUCAUUGUCACUGCAGUCACCAUUCCGUUGGCAACUGUACUGACGAUGACCUCACUGAAUGUUCAUGUGAUCAUGGUGCAUCUGCUUCUUGCAAGCACAACAAAUGUCACUGCGACCAUCAUCCUGUCGGUAAGCGGGAACCAGGAACUUGCACAGAUGACGAUUUUUCAAACUGUCAGUGCGAACAUGGAGGAACCCCAUCAUGUAAAAAUGAUCACUGCCACUGUGACCAUCACGCUGUAGGAAGGCGGGAACCAGGCAACUGUACGGAUGAUGAUAUUUCCGUUUGUCAGUGUCUCCAUGGAGGAACACCAUUCUGCAAGAACGAUCAUUGCCACUGCAGUCACCAUUCCGUUGGCAACUGUACUGACGAUGACCUCACUGAAUGUUCAUGUGAUCAUGGUGCAUCUGCGUCUUGCAAGCACGACAAAUGUCACUGCGACCAUCAUCAUGUAGGUAAGCGGGAACCAGGAACCUGCACUGAUGACGAUUUUUCAAACUGCCAGUGCGAACAUGGAGGAACCCCAUCAUGUAAAAAUGAUCACUGCCACUGUGACCAUCACGCCGUAGGAAGACGGGAACCAGGCAACUGUACGGAUGAUGAUAUUUCCGUUUGUCAGUGUCUCCAUGGAGGAACACCAUUCUGCAAAAACGAUCAUUGUCACUGCAGUCACCAUUCCGUUGGCAACUGUACUGACGAUGACCUCACUGAAUGUUCAUGUGAUCAUGGUGCAUCUGCUUCUUGCAAGCACAACAAAUGUCACUGCGACCAUCAUCCUGUCGGUAAGCGGGAACCAGGAACUUGCACAGAUGACGAUUUUUCAAACUGUCAGUGCGAACAUGGAGGAACCCCAUCAUGUAAAAAUGAUCACUGCCACUGUGACCAUCACGCUGUAGGAAGGCGGGAACCAGGCAACUGUACGGAUGAUGAUAUUUCCGUUUGUCAGUGUCUCCAUGGAGGAACACCAUUCUGCAAGAACGAUCAUUGCCACUGUAGUCACCAUUCCGUUGGCGACUGUACUGACGAUGACCUCACUGAAUGUUCGUGUGAUCAUGGUGCAUCUGCGUCUUGCAAGCACGGCCAUUGUCACUGCGACCAUCAUCAUGUAGGUAAGCGGGAACCAGGAACCUGCACCGAUGACGACUUUUCAAACUGCCAGUGCGAACAUGGUGGAACCCCAACAUGUAAAAAUGAUCACUGCCACUGUAAUCAUCAUUAAGUGUUUUAAGAAAAUAAUAACUAUUUCGAUGUGCUAUAAAGUAAUGUACUAUCAACCAUGGUUUCCUUAGCUCUUUGUGGUAAGCAUUGGAUACCAGUAAAUUCAUUUCCGGUCACAUGACACUAACCCGUAAUCUAGGAUUACUGACAUAACUUUUUUUAAACUCUGUAUUGAUGUGUUAUUGUUGAAGAAAUAUAUGUAUUGAACUCUU